AUGGCGCUCACCACAGUCAUCAAACUAAACUGGUUCCACUUUACCGCCACCGAAAUCUUCAGGGUCGACUCACCAGGCGAGCCCCCACACGGCGUCCCCAUAUUCUCCUCACGCUUCGACCUUGGUCUGCCCAACAACGUCGUCUGCGCGUUCCUGAAAAACGCCGAUACCUUCAAAACGACCGGUAAAACCAUCCUCAAAGUCGCCACAAACGGCACGCGUGGGAUGAUGUAA